AUUGUCUUUCCGUGGAGCUGUAUAUUUAUUUUAAUGGCAUAAUGGAGCAAUACAAAUUAAUAAAUGCUGAAUUGAUGGAUCAGGUGCAAAAGCAGCGAAUAACUAUUGGAGAAAUGCGUAAGGCUGAGGUAUUGCUGAAAAGGCAGUUGCUGGAAGAACGUGAAAUGCGUUUGGCAGACGCACAGUAUAACGAAAACAAACUGAAGUGCGCACUCAGGACGUUCAUGAACUCCCUGGAUGUGAAUUUGGACGGAAACGGUGAUUACCCUACAACGCGAACUUCAGCGGCAUCAGAUAAUGUUAGGCACAGCCACUACAGUAGUAGCCAAGCUUGCUCCGUGUUGCGCCGUUCCAGCGCCCUACUUCAAAGAAGUCUGGCCGUAUCCCCUACAAGACGGAGUCGGAGUCUAAGUUCUUGUAGUGUCACUAGCCAUGAGGAAAUGAAAGAGUCUAGUCCUGUAAAAGAAAGAUUGGUAAUCGUCAGGAAAACACCAGAGCCACGGCACUUGGUAGAGCUGCAGGGAAACAUGGACUCGCCCGAUUGCCAAGAAGCAGGUCCAUCACCAGACCAGUUGCUGGUGUCUCCAACGCCAGUCGCUGAUAUGUAUUCUAUUAUUGAGGAGAGCGAUAGUGAGGAUAACACUUUGUCCUCGUCCCUUAAAUUGCAUGAGCCACAGAAACUAAGGGCCUCGAGUAGCAGCAUGGAGUUGUCCCCGUUGCCUCUGCGUGAUCUGACCAACAAAACAGAUAGUGUGAUUCCCAAUCUAAAGAUCACAAAAUCACAUUGUGUAGCGGCAUCCACUCAAGAUGAGACUGAGAACACUAUGAAAGAUCCAAGCAUAGAGCAUGGAAAAUGUGAUUUCCAGCAAAGUUAUCUUGCAGCUAGCCAAAGGAUUACAGCAGCGAACUGUAGAUCAUCGCGUGUCCACAAAACUGACACUAAGAGCGACAGUCUGGAGCCAAGCAUAGAACAUGUAAGGCUGGCUGCUCAAACGAGUUCAUCGAUGCAUGUGAUUAUUCAGUGCCCCUCUCCAAAUGCGGGGCCAGCACUAACGCCACGCCGUAGUCAAUUAAACUUUAGCAAUUUCAACGGAAUAGCUAAUCGACCAGGCGAUAGCAGCACACCGCGGCGAGAACAAGAAACUUUAACUAGUAAUUGGAAACCUGCCUCUGCAAUGGCGAAACCCAAACGCACAAACAGCGCAAAUAGCAGGGCGGAUCAAUCUAGGACUGACUGCUCGAUGUCUAGUCGUCCCAGUCGUAGCUGUAGGCCCAAGUCGCUUAAGGAACCCAAAUUAAACUCCAAAAUGCGAAAUGAGACACAAAGUAAAUAAAGUCUGUUUUUAUUGUAGGUCAUUCAAGAAUGUUACAUUCACUCUAAAAGUAUGUCAUAAACUGAUUUGAUUUUGAUUGUUAUCCAUAGAGUAUGCUUAAAUUGUUGACGUCUACAUAUUCUCGACCAGAUAAGUCUAUCGCCUUAUCUUCUACUCAAAUUAUCCCUUGUGAGCUAUUAUGUCUAGUAUGUUUUCGAUUAGGACGACGAGGUGAGUCUUCAGUACAUACCGGAACACUAUAGGCCGAACUUAAAUUCUUGAGUGUAAUAUCUUGUUUCUCAAACAUUGUUAGUAAUUUUAAUAUAGGAUAUAGUUAUCAGUAAAAAUAAUACUGCAUCCAUACACUAGCCUGGGAUUCGAGCCAGUUUCCCUUUCAAAGAUAUAGCACGGU